AUGCCCUCAACUGUCUCGACGUCGUUCGAGUCAAGCGAGAGCCAGUCAUCUCAGUCGGCCCCUAUCCCACUCCAUGACUUUCUCAGUACCCACGAUGACCAACACUUUGUGUGGGACGACGCAGACCGGGAGACAUCCCCGGAGUGGCUGACUGCAGUCGACGCGGCUGGGCUCAACGCUAAGAAGCACAAAGUCUUCAACCAUGGCGGCAAAGCGUAUCUAACGCCGCCGGACCCUUUUGUCCAAAUCAAGGAACUCGGUGACUCGGGCUCCACCAUUGUGUACAAGGUCACCGCGCCAGAGACCUCCGCAUACCGCCGGGCCCUUGCCCUCAAGGUUAUCGUCUGCAAGGAAAGCUCCCGGCCUCCGGGGCCCGACAGCAAAGCUCGCAGCGAUGCGUUGAAGGAAGUCAAAACCAUGUCCGAACUCCGGCACCCGCAUAUCGUCGCAUAUGUGGCCUCUUUUGAGGAUUGCUGCAUCCAACCCCGGGAGAUCAGGCAACGGGCGCCUCGGCCACGGCAAAGACCACACAAUAUGGUGGCCUUCCGUGUGAACCAGCGGAUCAAGAAGCAUAUUCUCGGAAUCGCCAUGUACCCACCAGCCCAAUGCAACCUUCGCGUGUUUAUGGAAGAAGUUUGCCAGGCUCCCGAGGACGUCUGGGAGCGGCAACACUUGUACACGUAUUUUGGCUGUCUCUCCCAGGCCGUCGCGUACCUUCACCGGCAAAGCAUCCAGAUCCGCCAUAAAGACAUCAAACCUGAUAAUAUUGUCAUUGAUGAGUUCGGCUUGCCUGUACUCACCGACUUCGGUCUCUCGAGGCAUUUUGAAACAGGCAAAGCGUCAGAAGGGCCUACCCCUAAAACCCUGAAAUAUGCCGGACCAGAGGCUAUAUAUGAAGCGCCUCGGGACCACCACUCUGAUAUCUUCUCCCUAGGCUGUGUCUUUCUUGAGAUGGCCACCGUGCUACUGGGUCACCCCACUGAGUUUGCCGAAGAGCAACUCUCCAUCAACACCCUGGACAGUGCCGAUGCCCGAUCCAUCUCCUCCUCCGGCACUGGCACCAAUACAGAGUUCAAAUACUGCGACGUCUUGCGGAAUCUCGACGCCUAUCUCGACAUCCUCACUCUCCUCGCCCAUCCAGCGCUUGGAGCGUCUGUUAAAGGCGUCCUUGCCGUCCUCCCCCACAUCCGCCGUAUGAUGGAUCCGGUCCAGACGCGGCGGCCAGAUGCUGACCAGCUGUACCCUUUAUUCCGCCAUUUAUACGACAUCCACGACAAGCCCGGCCCCUGCUUUAACUGCGAGGAAGAGCGUCGCACGGGGAACGCGCUACCGAGUCGCAGUGGGAAUGGCAGCCCAACCCUGAGCCGUGGUGUCGACGGGGUGGGGUCUAAUGGAUCCCAAGGGUUGGCAAGGAGAAGCACGGCGGCGUCAACCAUGUCAACGGCUAUGAGUAUGGUGGCCGGUAGAAAUUCACUGUCAUAA